AUGGGUAUUAAUUGUUUUCUUGUUCUCUUUUUAAAUCUAGCUUUGGCAGAAAAGAAAGCGCUGAUUGUGUAUGCCCACCAGAGCCGCGGCUCUUUCAACGCUGCUGCCAAAGACCUUGCUGUGGAUGUUCUCACCGCUUCGGGCUGCACGGUGACUGUGUCCGACCUCUAUGCUAUGAAGUUUAAAGCCACCGCUACAGCUGAGGACAUCAUUACUGAGGGUGAGGUCAAGCAGGCUGAGCACUUCCAUUAUGCCAAGGAGACCAAAGUGGCGUGGGAGGAAGGAAAACUGUCCGCUGACAUCACCGAGGAGCAACGGAAACUCUCAGAGGCCGAUCUCAUCAUCUUCCAGUUCCCCAUGUACUGGUUCAGUCUGCCCGCCAUCCUGAAGGGCUGGAUCGACCGGGUGCUCGUGCCUGGCUAUGCGCACUCCAAAGAGAAGCGGUACAGUCGGGGCAUUUUCAAGGACAAGAGAGCUGUGCUGUCUUUCACUACUGGCUCUCAGGAGUCCAUGUUCAGUGCUCACGGCAUCAAUGGUGACAUCAAUGUAACACUAUGGCCAAUUCAGAAUGGCAUCCUUCACUACUGUGGCUUCCAAGUUCUGGCACCUCAAAUCUUCUGGGCUCCAUCCCACGUGCCCCAGGAGGCCCGCGCCGCCAUGCUCCAGGCCUGGCGCAGCCGCCUUGGGGGUCUCUUGGAAGAGGCCCCGCUGUGUUUCACACCCAUGGACUGCUUUGAUGGAGAGGGCUUCCAGCUGAAGCCAGAGGUCCAGGAGAAGCACGCUGGCAAGAAGUUUGGGCUCACUGUGGGCACCCACAUGGGACUGGCUGUACCACCUGACAACCAGAUGAGGGCUGGUGUCUAA